UGCUUCUGCUUUUUCCCUCCCUCUUUCUUUCUAUAUGUGUUCUGUCUUUUAGCAGAAAGCAUUCCUCCUCAUAAAAAUCUCUUUUUUGAAUUUUCUACCACCAUCAUAAAAGCUGCUUUUCUAUAACACUUUGAGCGACAAUCAUCUGAGUUUCUUAUCUAAAGGAGCCUAAGCCAUUUUGCAAGAAGGAUUUUAAGAAACAAUGGCGUACAACCGCAGAGGGUUUGACCAGCAGCCACCUGGACGGCUGACGUACACUCAAACAUCUGGUACUUUGGGCAUGGAGUCUAUGAUGGACAGUGAGGUGGUGCCUUCGUCACUCGAAGAAAUUGCACCUAUUCUCCGUGUUGCUAAUGAAGUUGAAGCUGCAAAUCCAAGAGUUGCCUACCUUUGUCGCUUCUAUGCUUUUGAGAAAGCACACAAACUAGAUCCAAAAUCAAGUGGACGUGGUGUUCGCCAAUUCAAGACUGUCCUACUUCAACGCCUAAAGAGGGAAGACCAAACAACAUUAGCCGGACGAAAAAAGAGCGAUGCUCGUGAAAUGCAGAAUUUUUAUCAACAUUACUACAGGAAGUACAUUCAAGCCUUACUAAAGGCAGAUAAAGCUGAUCGUACCCGGUUUACGAAAGCUUAUCAGACUGCUGAAGUGCUGUUUGAUGUUUUAAAAGCGGUUAACUCCACCGAGUCUGUAGAGAUGGCAGAUGAGAUUUUGGAAGCUCACACUAAGAUUACUGAGAAGACAGAGAUGUAUGUUCCUUAUAAUAUACUUCCACUUGACCCUGAUAGUUCAAAUCAAGCUAUAAUGAGAUAUCCAGAGAUUCAAGCUUCGGUUUCUGCACUCCGUAACACCAGGGGACUUCCAUGGCCCAAGGACUACAUGAAGAAAGUACACGAUGACAUCCUGGACUGGCUACAGGCUAUAUUUGGUUUUCAGAAAGAUAGUGUCGCAAAUCAGAGAGAGCACUUAAUCUUGUUGCUUUCAAAUGCUUACAUACGCCAGUUCCCAAAUCCUGAUCCACAUUCUAAGUUGGAUGAUCGUGCGGUUACUGACGUUAUGAAGAAACUUUUUAAAAAUUACAAGAAGUGGUGCAAAUAUUUGGGUCGCAAAAGUAGUCUUUGGUUGCCAAAUAUUCAACAAGACGUGCAACAAAGAAAGUUGUUGUACAUGGGUCUAUAUCUUCUCAUAUGGGGCGAAGCUGCAAACUUGAGAUUUAUGCCAGAAUGUCUUUGCUAUAUCUAUCAUAAUAUGGCAUUUGAGGUAUAUGGUAUUUUGGCUGGUAGUGUUACGCCCGAUGGUAAGAAUAUGCAACCUGCAUAUGGGGGUGAAAAAGAGGCAUUCUUGUGGAAGGUUGUGCAUCCAAUCUACAAAACAAUAGCUAAGGAAGCCGAAAAAAGCAAAGGGGGGAGGACAAAGCAUUCUCAAUGGAGAAACUACGAUGACUUAAAUGAAUACUUUUGGUCACCCGAUUGCUUUCGUCUGGGUUGGCCAAUGCGCGUGCUUGAUGAUACGUCUUUCUUUUGCCCGUCUGAUGACGAUAAAAAAUCUGCUACUAGUGAAAAAGCUGCGCCUAGUGAAAAAUCUGCUACAAAUAAUCAUCCAAUAGGAAAAAUCAAUUUCGUUGAAAUAGAUUCGUAUUGGCAUAUCUUUAGGAGCUUUGAUAGGAUGUGGAGCUUUUUCAUUUUGUCUUUACAGGCAAUGAUUAUAAUAGCAUGGAAUGGGUCGGGUGAACUAAGUUCAAUCUUCGAGGGAGUUGUAUUUAAGAAAGUCUUGAGCAUCUUCAUAACAGCAGCCGUUUUAAAACUUGCACAAGCUGUCCUUGAUAUAGCUAUGAUGUGGAAAGCAAGGUUCAGCAUGCCAUUUCAUGUGAAACUUCGAUAUAUUCUGAAGGCUCUAUCUGCAGCAGCUUGGGUAGUUGCUUUACCAAUAACAUAUUCAUAUAGUUGGAACAACCCUUCAGGUUUUGAGGAGACCAUUAAGAACUGGUUCGGUAACGGACCAAGUUCACCAUCUCUUUUCAUUUUAGCCGUUGUUAUCUACUUAUCUCCAAAUAUCCUUUCUGCAUUACUGUUUCUCCUACCAUUUAUACGUCGCAAUCUAGAGCGAUCAGACUACAAAAUUGUGACAUUCAUGAUGUGGUGGUCUCAGCUUCCACUUUAUGUUGGGAGGGGAAUGCAUGAAGAUCCGCUCUCUCUUAUCAAAUACACUAUGUUCUGGGUACUCCUCAUAGCGGCAAAGUUAGCUUUCAGUUACUACUUAGAGAUAAAGCCUCUAGUGGGCCCAACAAAAGCAAUAAUGGAACUUCAUGUAAGACGUUAUGAAUGGCAUGAGUUCUUCCCUCAAGCUAACAGCAAUAUUGGUGUUGUGAUUGCACUAUGGUCUCCUAUCAUUCUAGUCUAUUUUAUGGAUACACAGAUAUGGUAUGCAAUAUUUUCCACAAUAUUUGGUGGUAUUUAUGGUGCAUUUCGGCGUCUUGGAGAGAUUCGAACUUUAAGCAUGUUGAGAAGCCGAUUUCCGUCACUUCCGGGUGCAUUUAAUGAUUGCUUAAUUCCACAAGAAAUUAGUGAAAGCACUAAGAUGGGAAUCAACGCCACUCUAACCCGUAGAUUGAAUAAGUCCCAAAGGAAACUUUUUGGGCAUUCAUUUCAGGAAGCAACUAAUAAAGAGGACACAGCAAGGUUUGCUCAGAUGUGGAACAAAAUAAUUACAACUUUCAGGGAAGAAGAUUUGAUAAGCAAUAGGGAAAGGGACCUUUUACUCAUGCCAUGCUGGUCAGAUUUUGACUUGAAUCUUAUUCAGUGGCCUCCAUUUUUACUUGCUAGCAAGCUUCCAAUAGCCUUGGACAUGGCAAAGGAUAGCAAGGGAAAAGACCGCGACCGUCAACGAGAACUGCAAAAGAGGCUAAAUGCAGAUAUUUAUAUGCUCUGUGCUGUAAAGGAAUGCUAUGCUUCAUGCAAAAAUAUUAUGAACCUUCUUGUCCUAGGGGAUAGUGAAAAGACUGUCAUUACUGAGAUUUUUGAAAAAGUUGACCAUCACAUAAAGGAGGGAGAUCUUAUACGGGUGUUGGAUAUGAGUGCACUGCCUAGUCUCACUGAUCAUUUCAUUCGUCUUAUCGAGCUUUUGAAAAGAAAUAAAGCUAGUGACAAGAAGAAACUUGUAAUUGAGCUACAAAACAUGCUGGAGGUGGUGAAAAAAGACAUAUUAAAUGAGACAGAUUCUAGCAUGCUGGAGUCAAGUCAUAGUGGAUCUUAUGGAGUUCAUGAGGCUAUAGCACCACAAAAUAAACAUUAUCUUUUUGCGGAGCUUAAUUUUCCUGUUACUGUUGAGACAGAAGAAUUAGCUUGGAAGGAGAAAAUUACAAGGCUUCAUCUCUUGCUUACUGAAAAAGAAUCUGCUAUGGAUGUACCAUCAAACUUAGAAGCCAGAAGGCGUUUAUCUUUCUUCGCAAAUUCAUUGUUUAUGGACAUGCCUGUGGCACCCAAAGUUAGAAAUAUGAUAUCUUUCUCGGUCCUGACUCCUUACUACAUUGAGGAUGUGCUUUUUUCUAUGGAUGCCUUGGAAAAGCCAAAUGAAGAUGGAGUUUCCAUCCUUUUCUAUCUACAGAAAAUUUACCCUGAUGAAUGGAAGAAUUUUCGAGAGAGGGUGGGACUUAAGAAUGAAGACGAAAUGAAAGGAGAUUCGGUUUGGGAGGAAAAACUUCGCCAUUGGGCAUCAUAUAGAGGCCAAACGCUUACCAAGACUGUACGAGGCAUGAUGUACUAUCGGCAAGCAUUGGAACUUCAGGCUUUCCUUGACAUAGCAAAGGAAGACGAGUUGAUGAAAGGAUACAAGGCUGCUGAUUCUAACACAGAAGAAUAUUUGAGGAAUGAAAGAUCACUAUUGGCCCAAUGCCAAGCAGUUGCGGAUAUGAAGUUCACGUAUGUUGUCUCAUGUCAACAAUAUGGCAUUCAGAAAAGAUCAAAUGAUGCCCGUGCUCAUGACAUUUUAAAGCUUAUGGCAACGUAUCCUUCUCUUCGUGUUGCCUAUAUCGAUGAGGUGGAAGAACCUAGCUAUGGCAGAUCAGAAAAAGUGCGUGAUAACGUUUCUUACUAUUCUGUUCUUGUGAAAGCUGUGCCUAAGUCUGCAGAUGCAUCUGACCGGGAUCAAAACUUAGAUCAGGUUAUAUACCGUAUAAAACUUCCAGGGCCUGCCAUAUUGGGUGAGGGUAAACCAGAGAACCAAAAUCAUGCCAUAAUUUUCACACGCGGAGAAGGCUUGCAAACAAUAGACAUGAACCAGGACAACUACAUGGAAGAAGCCUUUAAAAUGAGGAAUUUGCUUCAAGAAUUUCUUGUCAAACACGGUGUUCGAACUCCAACCAUACUUGGACUUAGGGAGCAUAUAUUCACUGGCAGUGUUUCUUCUCUUGCAUGGUUCAUGUCUAACCAGGAGACUAGUUUUGUAACAAUUGGACAAAGAUUGUUGGCUAACCCAUUAAAGGUCAGAUUUCACUAUGGGCAUCCUGAUGUUUUUGAAAGACUAUUUCACUUGACCAGAGGGGGUAUCAGCAAGGCUUCAAAAAUCGUUAACCUGAGUGAAGACAUAUUUGCAGGUUUUAACUCUACACUACGUGGAGGAAAUGUUACUCAUCAUGAAUACAUACAAGUUGGAAAAGGAAGAGAUGUGGGCCUCAACCAGAUAUCAUUGUUUGAGGCGAAGAUAGCUAACGGAAAUGGGGAGCAAACAAUGAGUCGUGAUAUAUAUCGGCUUGGACACCGUUUUGAUUUCUUCCGCAUGCUUUCAUGCUAUUUCACUACUGUGGGAUUCUACUUCAACACACUGCUCACUGUGCUUAUAGUGUAUGUGUUUCUGUAUGGCCGCCUAUAUCUUGUACUAAGUGGACUUGAGAGAGUGUUGAGUACGAAUAAAGCAAUGAUGAAAAAUAACCCACUUCAUGUAGCUCUUGCUUCUCAAUCUUUUGUUCAAAUCGGCUUUCUUAUGGCACUUCCGAUGAUAAUGGAAAUAGGACUGGAAAGAGGAUUCAGAAGUGCUUUUACUGAUUUUGUUCUGAUGCAACUACAGUUAGCUUCUGUGUUUUUCACAUUUUCUCUUGGUACAAAAACCCAUUACUAUGGUAGAACUUUGCUUCGUGGGGGUGCACAAUACAGAGCUACAGGUCGUGGAUUCGUUGUAUUUCAUGCCAAAUUUGCCGAGAACUACAGGCUCUAUUCUCGCAGUCACUUUGUCAAAGGAAUCGAACUUCUCAUCUUACUUGUUGUAUAUGAAAUAUUUGGUGAAUCUUAUAGAAGUUCGCUAGCAUAUGUAGUGAUUACAGUAUCAAUGUGGUUCAUGGUGGGAACAUGGCUUUUUGCUCCCUUUCUUUUUAACCCAUCAGGAUUCGAAUGGCAGAAAAUUGUUGACGAUUGGACAGAUUGGAAGAAGUGGAUAAGCAACCGAGGUGGGAUUGGUGUGCCUGCUGAAAAAAGUUGGGAAUCAUGGUGGGAAAAAGACCAAGAACAUCUUCUUUCUUCUGGGAUAAGGGGUACCAUUAUGGAGAUUUUGUUGGCAUUUCGGUUCUUUAUUUAUCAAUUUGGACUUGUAUAUCAUCUCAACAUCACAAACAGCAAAAGUUUUCUGGUUUAUGGAAUAUCGUGGCUCGUGAUCUUUGCAGGACUUCUUGUAAUGAAGGGGGUGUCAUAUUGUAGAAGAUCUCUUAGCAAUGACUAUCAGCUUGCAUUCCGAUUGAUUAAAGGAUUAGUCUUUGUCACUUUUCUUUCUAUCCUGAUCACCAUAAUUGCACAACCUCAUAUGACAGUGAAGGAUAUAAUAGUAUGCAUCCUUGCUUUAAUGCCUACCGGUUGGGGAGUGCUUCUGAUUGCACAAGCUCUGAAGCCAUUUUUGAGACGAUCUGGAUUCUGGUCAUCUGUUAGAACGCUAGCACAAUAUUAUGAAAUGAUCAUGGGGAUGAUUCUAUUCACUCCGGUUGCAUUUUUGGCUUGGUUCCCAUUCGUCUCAGAAUUCCAAACACGAAUGCUGUUUAACCAAGCAUUUAGCAGAGGUCUACAAAUCUUUCGUAUUCUUGGUGGUGGCCAAAAGAAAGACAAAGACAAAUCCUCUCGCAACAAUUAGGAGUGAGUUUUUUGUCCUGCUCAUCAAUCAUCUUGGCCGUUAAUAUGUAUGUUGUGGAGUCAUCAUGAACAACAUGCUGAAUAAAUAACAAGUGAAUUACGUAUAUAGUUUUAUGUAAGUUUUUUCUAGCUGGGUUGGGACCUCUGUUUACUAAUUAUGGAUAUAGGAACUCAUGCUGCAACAUCUUUUCUUCAUGAUUAAUGCUAGAGGCCACAAUUUGAAUCCAUGUAAGAAAUCACCAAAAAUGUACAUACUAAACAUUUAAACAUGGACUUUUUUCCCAUUUGUAAA